UGACACUCAUGUUCACUCACUGGGUGAUUCGUUCACUAAAUGUACUAUAUAGACUUGUAUAUAGACUUGACAAAUCUUGAUUGCAUUUUUUUCUUUUGUACCCCAGGUGGUGAAAAGGAGAUGCACAAUACAAAUUCACAGGUUUGUUGUCUUGAACAGAGGUAAGUCUCACUCUUGAAGCGUGAUGCAGUGAAACAGCAUGGCUUCUUACUGGUCAAAGAGACGGAAGAUAAACAAGGAAGUAAGCAGGAUAGAGAAAGAGAUCUUGCAAGAGUUUGAAAAAACUGUUAAGACAGUACCACAUGGGAGCAAAAGCUUCCAGAGUGAAGAUCCCUCAUUUGUGAAUUUGGCUAGGGCAAACACUGUUGAGCCAUGCACACAGAGUUCAGCUUCAGGUGAAGCCAGCUCUGCCCAUGCUAAUGAUGACAUGGCUGAGUCUGAUGGUGAUUCUGAACCAUGUGCUGUUGUUGGCAGUUUCUCUAGUGACUCAGCUGGUGGUUCAUAUGAAGAUACACCAAAGGAGAGUAUGCUGUACAUGAGCUUAAAACACUGGGCAACAAAGUUUUCAAUUUCACUGGUUGCUCUGUCAGCACUCCUGUGUAUUCUGCGGGUGUUUCACCCAGAACUUCCAUGUGAUGGAAGGACACUCCUUCGCACACCAGCAAAUGUACCCACUCGUAAAAUGGGAAAUGGGCAGUACUACCACUUUGGUUUAGAACAAGGGUUGCUCUCUAGGUUGAAGUGUCUAGUUUUGCCUGCAGGUAUCAACAAACUGAAACUGCAGUUCAACAUUGAUGGCCUUCCUUUGUUUAAAAGUUCAAGGCUACAGUUUUGGCCAAUUCUUGGACUACUCGAAUGUGAUUACACCAGGACCCCCUUUGUGGUUGGUAUUUACUGUGGAGCUGGGAAACCUGCCAGCGUCUUUGAGUUCUUGAAGGAAUUUACAAAGGAUUUGACCCAUGUGCUGACUAGUGGAAUUGUGUACGGUGGCAGAUCUUUUCAGGUACUUCUUUCAGCCUUUGUGUGUGAUGCUCCAGCUCGUGCAUUUGUCAAGCACGUGAAAGCUCAUAAUGGUUACUCUGGCUGUGAUAAAUGUACACAGGCUGGUGUUUGGAAGAACAAGAUGACAUUUCCUGAUACUGCAGUUAAACCUAGGACUGAUGCUGAUUUUGCAGCUAUGGUUGAUGAAGACCAUCACCUAGAACAAAAACCUAGCCCUUUGGCAAGUGUGGUAAAAAUGGUUUCUCAGUUCCCUAUAGAUUACAUGCAUCUUUGCUGUCUUGGGGUAACAAGAAAACUUCUGUACUUCUGGCUGAGAGGCAAAAAUUUGAAGACAAGGGUUCAGUCUCAUGUAGUCCGUUUGAUUUCUAGCAAGCUUGUAGCGCUACGUCCUCACACUCCUGUUGAGUUUGCACGCAAGCCAAGGGACCUGACUGAGGUGGACCGGUGGAAAGCCACUGAGCUAAGACAGUUCAUGUUGUACUCUGGCCCUGUUGUCCUUCGAGAUUGUCUGCCUAGCGAGCUUUAUGACAAUUUUAUGCUGUUCUCUGUUGCCAUGCGUGUACUCCUGUCUCCAGGCAACAAUGAACAAAUGGUGAAAUUUGCUCAUGAUCUCCUUGUGUCUUUUGUGCAUCACUUUGGGAAACUGUAUGGAAGUGAUGAAGUUGUGUUCACUAUACACCAGUUGAUUCACUUAGCCGAUGAGUACAGACACUUUGGUCCACUUGACAAUGUGUCAGGGUUUCCUUUUGAGAAUUAUUUGUGUCAGAUUAAACGCCUCCUACGCAAACCGCACCAGCCGUUACAGCAAGUUGUUAAAAGACUAUCGGAAGCAAAACCGGCUUUGGUGGAAAUGCCUCCAGGUGAGGCUACUGUUGCAGGCUUGCAUUACAGUGGUCCAUUACCUUCUCAGUUUUGUCAAGCUGAGCAAUUCAGAAAGGUUACUUCCAGAGAAUUCUGCUUAUCCACUGAGACUGGUAAUAAUUGCAUGGAGGUUGCAGGUGAGAUUGGUGUGAUCAAGAAUAUCAUCCGGGACAAUGGAAAUAUUUUUCUGCUGUUUCAUAAAUUCAGAUACUGUGAACCUUACUUUGAGUAUCCAUGUACCUCAGCAUAUAUUGGUUGUUACAGGGUGCGUGAGUUAUCUGACAGUCUGGCAGUGGUAAAGCUUUCAGUCAUACAAAGAAAGUGUGUUCUUUAUCCUGUAGAUAAUGGCUCUGUAGUCUUUCCUAUGCUUCAUAAAUAGACAUCUGUAGAGAACACACCUAAACUUCUGAGGACUUAAUAAUUAUAGUUUUAUUAGGAACAACUGCCAGAUUUCAAUGUCUACCUUAAUAGGCUCUAUUUAGUUAAUUUGCUUUUGAACUAAAGCUAGAAGGCUACAUCUGCUAAUGGUCAAUUACGUGAAUAGGCCUUUCAAUUCCAUCAAAGCAUAUUACUAGAAUAUCAAACUGCUGUUGACUGUCAAAAAUGUCUGAAUCUGUUUUAGGAUUUUACCAGCCUAGAUUCUGUUUGGAGUUGCUGCCUGUAGCAGUGGGGUUUUAUUCACUUUUAUAUGUUAUGCUAUGUUGUAAAUGGGGCUGCAACUAAUGAUUAUUUUGGUUGUUCACUAAUCUGUUGAUUAUCAGUUGAUUAAUCAGCAAUUAUUUCUUCCUCCAUCUCUGCUUCCUGUGGAUGCAGCUCCUGUUCCUAGCAUUCUCUAUCACUUCUAAACAAAAAAAACAGCGGGCAUGGAAUUUAAAUGCCUGAUGUUUAAAUGUGGAAUGUUAUAUUUUGUGAUUAAAUAUGUAAUCUUUUUACACACUUUCAUUGUGUUUCUGUCCCCAGCACUUUGUGUAGAGUAGCAAAGUACAAAUUAAUUAUUGGUUGACUAAUUUUUGUUUUAGUCGACAUUGUCGAUUUAUGUUUACUGAUUUAGUGCAGCCCUCAAAAAAUCUGAAACCAUAAACAAGAUUAGGUUGUGGAUUGGUUGAUACAGUCUUGAUGAAAUUUGAUGGAAUUUGCGACCAUUACGAUUUUUGCUUUCCGACAGCAUUAGCCUUGCUGCUCCCGUUCUGAAAAAAAGCAUUCUGUGUCCAAACAUGCCUGGCUUACUGCAUAAAUUUUAACUAAGAUAGGGAAAAUAACACUUCUGGGUGAACAUUCAUUUUUUUUUUUUAGUUUUUUUUUUUUAGUUUUUUUUUUUUUUUUACAGGAGAACGCUGAUGUGAAAUUGACUUAGGGUGUGGUGAAUCAUGUUAACUUGUAAAAAUCUCUGACAAGUACCCCACCUCUUUUUGCCCCAGCAUUCUAAUACACAGCUGUUAUUUGAUCUAUAAAAUUAACAAGGUUCAAAUUAAAUCCGCACUUCAUUGGUAGAAUUUAGAGGUACUUGACAUUUAAAAAGAGGCACUUGAGAACUUUGAAAGUGCACAGGUAGUUUAUUUAAAAAAAGUGUUUAUACAGACAGUACUUUGAGGUAGUUAUUAUCUGGGGUGCUGCCAUCUUGAGGUUAACUCCCAAAUCCAGUUGCGCUCUCUAUUCACUCUGCCAAUCCACUCUAGCUCUGUUAUGCAUGUUGGAAUUUCUUCUAUGUCAAGAGAAUGUAGAACGGAAUGGGAUUGGGAGUUAAUCUCAAAAUGGCCGUAUGCAGAGAACUGCUUCAAGGAACUGUCUAUUUAAAAAGUAUUUUUGAAGUAAAUGUUUUAAAAUUGCAAAUGUGCUCUCAGUGCUCGUUUUACAUAUCAGGGCCAUCAGAAUUCUACCAUUGAAGUGUGCCGCUACUAGCCUUGUUAUUCGUGGAAACAUAGAAAGCUGGGGUGAACAGAGGUGAGUCAGAGAUCCCUACAGGUUAUCAUGUUUAUACUACACUCCAAGUACAUUUCACACCGUCAUUCUCCUUUAAAGAUGCAGGAGGAAAAAGGCCAAAUAUGAAAUGUUUACCAGUUAUUCAGUUCUUAUUUUAUGAGUUUCUAUAAUAUUUCAGAUGGAAAAAAAAAUUUGCGUAGUGGAGUUCCAGGACAAGGGUACUGCUGUCGUCCCAAGCUGCUGGCUCAAGGGUGACAAAUGUUCGUGGCCACCCUAUAAUUGUCAAAAGCUGCAAAAAUCUGUCCAACAGAUGGAGCAAUCCAGACAAGACUGGACUGUUUAUGACAAUGUGCGGUGUCUUGUAACAUGUGAUACCUAUGAAGUGGCUCACAGCCGCCUUAAAUUAGUUGAAGAAGGAUGCUGCACAUCUGAAUUGCAGUCAGAGGAGGAGACAGAAGAACCAAAAAAAAGGAAAAUGAGGACUAAUACUCGUUACAGUGAGUAUGUUGAUGAGGACCCUAGAGAGUCAAAAAAGAGACAAUUAGCCAAGCCCCCUCCAGUAAUGUUACCAGAGCUCUUCGGCAGAGGACCAGGACAGGUCCUUAAAUCAUUUCCACAUCAAAGCAGUUUGGGUUCAGUUCAAUUGUCUGAGCAGUGUUUUACUGACUUCCAAAGCAGCAGCAGCCCAGUGUACCAUACACUGCAAGUAACAGAAUAUGAAAGAAAUGGAGCAGAUCCGACAAGGCCAGACUCGAUGCAAGCCCUGAAAGACAUAGCAGUUGACAAGAUGAUGACCAUGUUGGUUAAUAUACGUGAGGAUAUAAAAGAAAAUAGAAAGGAGAUCCUUAAACUGCAGAAAGAUGUUGGAGAAAUAAAGGAAUGCAUUGGAACACAGUAUGAGAGUGUGGAAUCACCUGGUGCUGCUUUAUGUCUGCCCUUAAAGACUGUGGAGGAUUUUGAGGAGGCAGAAAGACACCUUCAGACUGAAUCAGUCCGUCGCAAAACCGUAUCCAAGUUUGCUGCUGUGGGUGGUGGAACACCAGAGACAACAAUACGCCGCAUUUUGCAGUCAUCACUGACAAACGAGUUGGCCUGUCACUUUAAUUGGGCUGGGAAAGGAUGUAAAAGGCCAUUCAAAGACACCCUUCUGAGAGACUGCAUAUUUGCUGCAGCCCGCCGUCAACAUCAAGAUUUAACAUUGAUGACAUUUGCAGAUGUCAUAAUGAAGUGGCUGCGCUAUGCUCCAGAAAGAGAAGGUGGCCUUCCCAGAAAGAAAAUGUAAAAAAAAAAAAUAUAUAUUGUAACAUUUUUUUCUAACUGCUUUAAGUUUUUUUUGUUGUUGUUUUUUUGUAACACACAACUAUGGCAUCACAUCAAUAUAAACAGUCGGGGGUACAAAAAUAACAGGUAAAAAAAAUUAACCAGCGUGUUUUUACAUUUUGGGUGUGUAAAUAAACUUCUCGUGAGCACAAAUGUGAAACUCGUGAGCAAAAAAAAGGGGGGAAUUGUGUGCACGCUGAACAGAAUAUUGUUCUCAAGCUUUAUUUUUCUCCUCUUGAGUGUUUUUUUCCUUUCGAAUUCACAGUUCUCCUCGGGUGCCAUUCAAAUUACCUGCAGCUGCAGUUUUCGCUUAAGUGAGUUUUUUUUGCACUGGAGUUUUGAAAGGGGUGGUUUUGACAGUUUGGGGGCGGGGUCAGGGUCGCCUCACUCAGC